AUGUUGAUUGAAGGGCUUGAUUCUGUUGAAGAAUGGAUUUUGAGGAAUCUUGAAUGUUUGGAGCCUAUUGUUGGUGGUGUGGAGUGGCGUGUCAUUUUUGCAAUAACUUGUUGGUUCAUUUGGUAUCGUAGAAACAAACUUUUGUUUGAAGGAAGAGAUGAGGGAGUUAAGGGUAUUGUAGCUACUGUGGGGAAUUAUAGUAUCAAUGUUGGUGAGGCUAUGAAAAAGGAUUGUGUUGCUGUUUCAUUGCAAGUGCAGAAGGAAGGUGUUUCGCAAUUGAUGAUAGAGUGUGAUAAUUUAGAAGUUGUUCCUUGGGUUAAUGGUGAUAAAGAGCCUGUGAAAAGUUUGAGGACUUCAGUUAACUCUAUUGAGAAGCUGAUUUUGUUUGGCUGGGAAGUGCAAAUCAAGCAUAUUUUUAGACAAGGGAGUAAGUGUGCUGAUUUCUUAGCCAAUUAUGUGAGUAACGUUGAGCUGGGAUGUCAUAGAUCGGAGGAGCCUCUCCAUGAGGUUUUGAAUUGGUUGAUGCAUGACAAAGUGGGAGUGGCUUAUCCCAGGAUGAUGUAG